AUUUAGAGUUGUUCGGUGUUUUUGGACCCAAAAAAGGUAUGUUAACACCCCAUCCAAAGGAUAUAAAUUGAGUCAUUUGGAUCCCCAACUGCUAUCGGCGCAGAAGACUUCGCGAUGAACAAGCUUCUGUUGAUAGCCCUUUUUAGCUUGGUGUUUGCGACAAGCUUGACGCUUUCGUUUGAUGAUGAAGAUGAUGAUCAAUACGAAAGGAAAUUUACUGCCUUAAGGGACGCCAGAAACGAUUUGGAAAGUGAGGACGUGGACGUAUACGGUGAUAAGCCAUAUGAGGAGAGGAAAGAGGACAAUGGUUACGUUGUUGGAGUCAAAGAUGAACAUCCCUUGUCCGGCCCAAUGCAGAAGUCAGCUGAUCCAAUCCUACCUGCUUUAGGGCUCCGACUAGUGGGCCGGACUAUUUUUCGCCGUCGUCGCCGAAGACGUCGUCGUCGAAGAAGAAGAUGGGGUUAAUGCAUUUACACCAGAUGAAAGGACAUUCCGUGGCUUAAAGAGGUGAGAGAAUCAAGUUUAAGCGUUCGUUUUAAGAUAGUAUAAGUCAGAAUAUGGGUGAGUUUAACACUUCACUAAGUUCUCAAAAGUGAAUGAGCCCGCCGAAGUAAUCGUCCAAAAUUCCUGUUGUAAGUCUUUGCCUAAGAAGGAGGCUUUGUUUCAUAAGUUACCUAACUUGUUUUAGAUCCAGAGAAUUUUAACUGCGAAAUUAGGAUAA